AUCUCACUCUCCCUAUAUAACAGCAUUAGAUUGGCUCGUUUUGAUCCAACUUGAAACACAACUGACAAAUCAUCUCUGGUAUUAGAACACAAUCAUGGUCUACUACGCAUACAUAAAGCAGAGCACAACCGACUUCAGUUUUCGAUACCUGGCUACCUUCUGCAGCCGCGCCGCUGCCGAUGAGUGGUGGCGUGUAUUGUCUACUUCCACCAAAUACGGGAACACUGUGAAGCGUAUCGACCCCCAGUUAUUCACUCAUGACGAGAACACAGCCAACGCUGCCGACUCCACCGGGCCAGGUGGCGUUGCUGCCGACUUCAUGAACAAAGUGAUGUUCUCAUGGCUGUACAACAAAGACAAUCGCGUCUGGAGCGUCAUGCCCACGUCAGAUUUCACGGAUCACGUUAGCGGGAACUCGUUUUUCAUCCGCUCCAAAGCCUGUCCUGACGAGUACUGGUACUGUCCCUUAGGGCAAGACAGUCACUCGGUCUAUACGUCGCGUACAGAGCGCACCCGCUUCUUCGUCCACAUUAUAAACGGCACUCCAGGGACCAUCAUGAUUGGCUCUGACCGCAUCGCUAUCACGUUGACUACCGUCGACCUAUCGGUUAGAUCCGACCCAGACAGUGGUGCAUUGUUCGUUUCAAAGACCUCUGAGCAAGGGUUGACGUUCAGUGACCUUCUCCACGGAUUCCUUGCGGGGACUACCUUGCAUAGGGACGGUAAGAGCUUGGAUAGGAAGGAGAUCUUCAAGGUGCAUGCUGGGGAAGAGUGGGAACUGGUUUGAACUGGUAUCAUUUGACAUCGGUAGAGGGCUUGCGUACCAUACGAAGUUGGCUUGUACUGUUAUGAUGUGACACCGAAUCAAUUUUGUGAAUGCCUGCUCGUGUA